AAGGAAGAAAGAAAAACGUGGAUAGAAAACUGCAGAUGAUUUGUCACCGUUCUUCUUUCAUGUUCCAGUUAUUGGCUAUAAAUUUCCACAUAAAGCCGCUUACAUCACCUGACUUCAAGUGCAGGAAAUUUCAAUUGGAAAAACAAGAAGUAAAAUAACAUAAAAUCAAACGGAGAUGCUAAUUCUUGCAAGAAAUCAAUAGAGGUACCACAUUUUGUCUCUAUCUAAUUAUCUUUUUGCUGUUUCGGCCACAAGAAUCAACCUUUCAUUGUCAUAACUUGAGUUUUAUUAAUCUCGUGUGGCCUUUGUAGAACACGAAAAAGAAGGCAAAUUUUCUGGUCAUUGCAGGCAUCUGACUGCCCCGAACGCUUCCAAAAACAAAUACCAUAAUGUAACUGAAUUAUGGUAUUAUGGUAAUCCUCAUAGUUCUCUGAAAAUGACAUCCAAAAGCAGUGGCAUGGAUGAUUUUCCUAAGGGCUUGUGUGGGUGGAGUUGGAAGGAGAACAAGUUGUUUGAGCUGGCUUUGGCCGUGGUAGAUGAGAACCACCCAGAACGGUGGGAGAUUGUGGCAGCCAUGGUGGGAGGAGAAAAGAGUGCAGGGGAAGUUCAAGAACAAUAUGUAUUUCUUUUGGAGGAUUUAAAUCUCAUAGAAUCUGGAAAAUUGGACCAUGAACUGGGAGUGGGAGAACCUCACCCCUGUGUCCUAGUUAACUCAAUUGAGUCCUUGUGCUUGUCUGAUAGAGAUAGCAGCAUGUAAGUCCCUUCUUUUUCCUCUUCAAUAAAAUCAUUUUCUUCCUUUCUCCUUGUUA